CAGUCGAUGAAAAUUUCUCAUCAGAUCCGCGAGGCGGACGAGCUGAGGACUGAGACAAGGAGGAAGAGCCUCCUCAUCCUCAUCUACCACCACCUACAAACACUAGGCUAUAUGGAUGCCGCCGUGGCUUUGGACCAGGAGACAAAUGGAGGUGUGAGGAAGUUUGAGUGGAGAGUAGAGCUGGAAGAGUGCUGGAAUGAAGAGGACUCCGUGUUCCACUGUGAAAACAUCUUCCGAAAAUCAGUCUGCCUCAAGCAUCACAGAGUGGAGGCGGAGCAAAGCGGGCCAACGCCAAGGCAGAGAGCGGAUCCACUGUGUGUCCGGAGGUUUUCAGAGUUUGGUCUCAUGUUUUGUCUGCUGUUAGAAGUGGAUCGGUGGGGAGACGGAACCAUCAACAGGAAGGGUCAGCUGACUGACUGCCGAGGUUUGAUCCAAGGGACCAGCUGUGAAUCAGAACACAUGGAGCGGCUGCUGAAACCUCUGAGUGGGUUCUCUGGGUUGGACAGUGAGAUGAGGGAAUUGGCUGCGGUCAUCAGCAGGGACAUCUAUUUGCACAGCCCCAAUGUCCGCUGGGAGGACAUCAUCGGCCUGGGAGACGCCAAGCGAUUAGUCAAAGAGGCCGUCGUCUAUCCCAUUAAGUAUCCACAGCUGUUUACAGGCAUCCUGUCUCCGUGGAAAGGUCUGCUCCUGUACGGUCCUCCAGGAACAGGUAAGACGCUGCUGGCCAAGGCCGUGGCCACAGAGUGCAAGACAACCUUCUUCAACAUCUCAGCCUCCAGCAUCGUCAGCAAGUGGAGAGGAGACUCUGAGAAACUGGUCAGGGUCCUAUUUGAGCUGGCCAGGUACCAUGCCCCAUCCACCAUCUUCUUGGAUGAGCUGGAGUCCGUGAUGGGCCAGAGAGGAACCAGCCCAGGUGGGGAGCACGAGGGCAGUCGCAGGAUGAAGACAGAGCUGCUGGUUCAGAUGGACGGACUGUCAAGAUCCGAUGACCUGGUGUUCGUGUUGGCUGCUUCCAAUCUGCCGUGGGAACUGGACCACGCUAUGCUGAGGAGGCUAGAGAAGAGGAUUCUGGUUGGUCUUCCUUCCCUGCCCGCUCGCCAAGCGAUGAUCUCUCAUUGGCUGCCAUCUCAUAGUACCACAGGAGGGGUGGAGCUACAAACAGAGCUGGACUACGAAACCCUGGCGAAGGCGAUGGACGGUUACUCUGGUUCUGAUGUCAGGCUUGUGUGUAAGGAAGCCGCCAUGAGGCCAGUCCGCAAGAUCUUUGAUGUUCUGGAGUCACAUAGUGAUGCACACGCCGUCAUGUCCGCCAUUCGGUUGCAACCCGUGACCACUGUCGACUUCCUGGAGGUGAUCGCUCACACCAAACCAUCGGCCCGAAACCUGAUAGACAGAUACACCGCCUGGGAGACAGAGUACGAGUCUGUCUGACACAUAAACACCGACUGCAACCAAAAAGGUUCUGGACUGGAACACUGCAGCUCAGGUGAUACAAGGCACUGACCAAAGGGUUGCUGGUUUGAUUCCUCCAGGGAAGUACUGCAGAUGGAAGCUGCUGCUAAAUGGAUAAAUAACAUAAUGUUUAUAAUGUCCUGGAAUCGUACUCACAUUUUGAACAUUUUUGACAAAUUACAGAGUUUGAACAGAGUGGGCACAGCUAAAGUUGGGUAAGAAAUCCAUUGAAUAAACUCAGUAACUGGUUAACAGGUUGAUAUUAUCCAGUGACGACCAUUAGAAUCUACUGUUUACAAACAAGCUUGUUUUUCAGCCUGUUAAUUUGUCAACAUAACUAGAAACUAGCCUACAUUUACUUGAAGGGAACAUUUGUCAUUUCCAGUCUUGUAUUAAAAUUAAUAUGAACAAUAUCAGUGUGUCUUUGGAACAGAGAAGUCAUAGACAAUGUGUUAAAAUCUACAGUAGUUACUGUAUUAUAAAUGAGCUUUGUUUCUGUGAUCAGACACCGUGAAGAUAACAGUGCAUUAGCGUGCACAAGGUUCAAAUGUCAUGCUGCAUUCAAUAGGAACUGGGAAAAUAACAUGACGAUGAAUCAUCGGCAGACCAACUAAAAAUGAAAUUACA